UUCUGCUUCUCGACGCUCCACCAAGAUGUGAGGAAUGGUCAGCCACUCACUACACCUGGCACAGAGGGGAGGUUCACUACCAGUCAGGAGGAUUGACAGGACCACGAGUACGCAGCGUGCUCCCCAUCGCAGUUUGCACAGUGUAGAGGGUUAUCACAGGAUUCAGUGGGAUGUUCGUGUGCACUGCAUUUUGCACAGGCAAACCAUGCUUCGCCCUCUCGGCGUUGAUUCAUUGUGUGAGCGGACGUCACCGGGACAUAUCCUGAUUGGCCACCAGAGUGACGGCCCCCGGGCACCCUCUCUACCUGAGCUCGCUUCCGAUGAGCGCUUCAUUGCUGUGGCAGAUGCUCACAGGCCCACUAUGAGUUGGUUACGUGGGACUUACUCCCGCAACUUCUCAUUCUCGUGCUUGAUGGACCACUACAUGGGUAGUUCUAGCGCAGUGGGCACACAUACUAAAUCAGUCUUGCGGUGAGCCUUUGCCUGUUAGCGCUGCGACUGUCACACUGUGUUGUAUUUUUGGU